AUGAGAAUUACAGGUUUAUUAGCUAUAGUUGCUUAUUUUUCACCAAUUAUUUGUUGGAGUCCAACAGAUUCUUAUGCCCCAGGUAGAAUUGAUUGUCCAGAUGAUGGGAAUUUUUUAAGAGUUGCAAAAGGUUUACUGGAUGAAGAAAAAGAAUGGGUUGAAGGUAGAAAUCAAGUUACUGAUCAAGCUUUAAUUGAAUUUUUGAGACAUGCUAAUAUGACAAAUUUUGAUGCAGAAAAUUUCAUUAAUGGAUUGAAUGAUUCUAUUAAGAUUGGAUUGGCAUAUUCUGGCGGAGGAUACAGAGCAGGUACGUGUGCUCUAGGUCAAUUGGCUGCUAUUGAUAACAGAACUGAUGGGGCUUGGGAGCAUGGUCUUGGAGGUUUAUUACAAGCCUCAACUUAUAUGGUUGGUUUAUCAGGUGGUAAUUGGAUGGUUGGAUCAAUUGCUUUAAAUAAUUUUACAUCAACUCAACGUAUUAUAGAUAAAAAUGAUAUUUGGGAUUUAACUCAUUCAAUUAUGAAUGUUGGUGGCUGGAAUGUUGUUCAAACUUACAAAUAUUAUAAAGGUAUUUCCGAUGAUAUAGAUAAGAAAAGAGAUGCUGGUUAUGAAGUAUCAAUUACUGAUACUUGGGGUAGAGCACUUUCAUAUCAAUUUUUUUCAACAUUAAAUGAUACUGGUGCAGCAUUAACUUGGUCUACAUUACAAGACGCAGAUGUUUUUAAAAAUCAUGAAAUGCCAUUUCCAAUUGUUGUUGCAGAUGGUAGGGCUCCAAGUACAAAAAUUAUCAGUGGUAAUUCAACAAUAUAUGAAUUUAAUCCAUUUGAAAUGGGAAGUUGGGAUCCUUCAUUAUAUCAAUUUAUGAAAAUUAAAUAUUUAGGCACUGACUUAGAAGAUGGUGAAAAUAAUGGUACAUGUAUUGGUGGAUUUGAUAAUGCAGGUUAUAUAAUGGGUACAUCAUCAUCAUUAUUCAAUCAAUUUAUUUUACAAAUCAAUACUACUUCAAUAUCAUCAACUAUUAAAUCAAUUUUAACAUCAAUUUUACAAAAUUUAAGUGAAGAAGAAAAUGAUGUUGCAGUUUAUGAACCAAAUCCAUUUUAUGAUUCACAAGUAGGAUAUUCAGAAAAUACAAUUCAAAAUAAAUCAUUAAAUUUAGUUGAUGGAGGUGAAGAUGGUCAAAAUAUUCCAUUAUAUCCAUUAUUACAACAAGACAGAUCAGUUGAUGUUAUAUUUGCAUAUGAUAAUUCUGCGGAUACUGAUUCGAAUUGGCCAAAUGGUACGUCAAUGGUUCAAUCAUUUAAAAGACAAUUUGAUGUGCAAGGAAACAGUACACAUUUCCCAUAUGUACCUGAUCAAAAAACAUUUAUGAAUUUAAACUUAACGGCAAGACCAGCAUUUUUUGGAUGUGAUGCAAAGAAUUUAUCAUCAUUAGUUUAUUCAAAUCAAUCAUCAGAUUUUAUUUAUGAUAUUCCAUUAAUUGUUUAUACUGCAAAUAGACCAUUUUCGUAUUGGUCAAAUACAUCAACUUUUAAAAUGAAAUACUCAACUAAUGAAAGAAAUUCAAUGUUUAGAAAUGGAUUUGAAGUUGCAAGUAGAUAUAAUUUAACAUUAGAUACAGAAUGGAAUGCAUGUGUCGGUUGUGCAAUUAUUAGAAGACAACAAGAAAGACAAGGUAUUGAACAAAGUGAUCAAUGUAAACAAUGUUUCGAAAGAUAUUGUUGGGAUGGUACAUUAGAUACUGCAGAUAUUAAAGUUAAUUAUACAGAUAAUGGUACAACUAAUUCUACUGAAACAUUAGUAGGUGAUAAAUCAAGUGAUGCUACUACUUUAUUAAUGAAUUGGUCUAUUUGGUGUUUAUUAGGUAUUUCCUUUUUUGUAUUGCAUUAA